AUGGUCUUCACUUACAAGAAGCUGGAUCUGUCGCAAAAGGAGUUCCGGCUGCUCGAGAUCCAGCCAUCACUCGACGACAAGGCCCCAAUCGAGGCGCGUCUCACCACUGUCAAGGAGUCAUGUGAGGUCCAGUACAUUGCCAUAUCGUCUCCAUACGGCGACCCCAACGAGAAGGAGAGGAUAACAGUCAACAAUCGCCCCGUCAUCAUAACAUCACACUUGGCCUCCGCCCUGCGCAACGUCCGGGCUCUCUUCUUCCCCGUUCUUGCACAGCACUUUCAAGAUCCGCAACCAAUCAGGCGUCCCCGCGGGGCCCCACGAUGGCUGAAGCAGCUGGUUAGGGUCGGGAGCAGCAUCGCCGGCGGAGGUGCCGGCCGGAGCAGCAACAGCACCAGCAGCAAGGGCAGCAACGAAAGCGGCAGUGCCGCCGUGCUUCGGGUCUGGGUGGACAUGAUCUGCGUCAACCAAUCGUCGGACGUGGAGAAGUCGCAGCAGCACUCGACCAUCAGGCAGAUCUACCGCAACGCCGAGCUCGUCGUCGGCUGGCUCGGCGACAAGAUUGAGCAGACCGACCUGGGGCUGGGCGCCAUCGCCGAGGUCGACGAAAUCAUGCCGGAGCGCUGGGGCGAGCCAGGCGACCAGGAGGAGAACCCCGAAGACUACGCGCCGACUCACCGCUGGGCCAAGGCCGCCAUGAAGGAGUGGCUCGCCGAUGUGGAAGGCCUACCGCCCAACCAGGGGCCUGCGUGGGUCGGAGCUACCGAUAUACUCUUGCGGCCCUACUUUCAGCGGCGAUGGCUGCUGGAGGAACUUGCCGAGGCAAGAUAUCCAGCAUUUUUGAUUGGCGACGUCAUCUUGCCGUGGAAGCAGGUGCUGCGGGUGUUUAGAUUUAUUGAAGAAUUCAAGUAUCAAGAAUCCGAAAUUUUCCCCAAGGAACUACAAGAUCACAUGGCUCUCCUGCCGCUUGAGUCGACGCAAAAGCUUAUGGACGAGUUCUCACGAAAACAGGCCAGAGAGGAAGCCAAGAUCUUGGCAGUGGCUUCCAGUAGGGCUACAACGUCAAGUGCGUCAACGAAAUAAAGUGGAUGUUUAUUCUGUAGAUAUCGGGUGGCGGCAUUGUUUCCAGACAAUCCAUUGUUUACGCGGCAGCAUGACUGAAGGCUUCGGCUUUGAUUUGGUGGUCGAUGAGGGUUGUUGGGAUCCAUUGUUUCAUUUGUUUCUAAUUGCAUCUUAUAUAUAUACCCGAGCUCAAUAUUGACAUCCUUUUCCUUUCAUUUUUUUUUUUUUUCUUUUUUUUUUUUUUUC